ACCAUUGUGUAACUGGAUAUAACUCAGAGUCACAUGACAGAUAACAGUUGAGAGAGAUAAACAGACUUUAUAGCUGCUGGAGGAAGAGGACACUUUCCACAACUCUAACGAAGCAAGAGAGGCAGAUAAAAGGCGGAUAUUUGAGCAUUUUGCGCCACCUUGUGAGUGAACUGUUCCCUCAGCAGAGCUAAAAAGCUACUAUCUAAAGAUGGUGUCACUACAGUGCACUCUUCGACAACACACAGACGAGGUGAGCUGCUGUGCCUUCUCUCCAUCCCUGCUCGCGACCUCCUCAGGUGAUAAGACCCUCCGUGUUUAUAACACAGCGGACUUCUCGGAGCUCCCUUUCUCUCCUCUCUCGGGUCAUGGCUACGGGAUCCACAGCUGCUGCUUCAGCUCAUGCGGAAGUAAGCUGCUCAGCUGCUCCACGGACGGCUCUGUCAUCGUGUGGGACUCAGAGACAGGUGAGACCACAGCGGUGCUGCAACACCCGGGCCGCAGUCCGCUCAGAGUGUGCGCAAUGGCCCCGGACUCCUCCCACCUGCUGGCAGGGGCCUCUAACGGCACCGUGUCCCUGUGGGACUUCACCUCCAAGACACUGCGCAGAUUCAGGGCUGUGAGCGAGGCCAGUGUUGUGGCCUGCUGCUUCUCCCCCUGUGGUCAGAUGUUUGUGAGUGGCUGCACCCGUGGAGACCUCAAACUCUGGGAUGUGAUGGACAUGAACCUGCUGCAUGCUGAGAAGGAUGCUCAUGACCUGGGAGUCACCUGCUGCAGCUUCGCACAAAUAUUUGAAGUUGAUGGCUGCUGUGUGGAGUUUCGACUUGCCUCCUGUGGGCAGGACAGCCAGCUGAAAAUAUGGAUUGUUUCCCAGCGUGAAGGAGCAGCCUGUGUCAUGACGCUGCUUCACACUCUCACCAGCCAGUCAGCUCCAGUUCUGUCUUGUGCCUUUUCUCCUGAUGGAGAGAUGGUUGUCUCGGGUUCGGUGGAUAAAAGUGUGGCAGUAUAUGAUGUGAACCUGGGAACUCUGCUCCACACUCUGAAACAGCACGACAGGUACGUGACAGCAGUUGCUCUGUCUCCCACCAUGCCCUGGAUUGCGACUGGCUCUAUGGACAGAACCGUAAACGUGUGGAGAAUAGGAGAUGAAAUCAACAGGACUGAAGCUGAAUCACAGCAGACAGUGUGCCAAGGAAGGAAGCUGCCGGGUCACUCCAGGCUGCUGCUUGCUGAUUGGUCGGAGGAGGACGUGCAGGCUUGGCUGUGCAAGGAAGGGCUGCAGGAGCUUGUCAGCAUCUUUAAAGCCAACAACAUCGACGGGCCAGAGCUCAACAAGCUGAACAAGGAAACGGCAGCAGAGCUGGGGAUCGAGUCCGUGGGCCUCCGAGGUCGUGUCCUGAGGAAGAUUGAGGCCCUCAAGGCGGAGCAGAGCGGGUCAGACGCCCCAGAUGAGUUCCUGUGUCCAAUCACCAGAGAGCUGAUGAAGGAUCCGGUUAUUGCUGCAGACGGGUAUUCAUAUGAGAGAGAGUCCAUCGAGAGCUGGAUUAGGGGAAAGAACAAGACCAGUCCCAUGACGAACCUGCCCCUGCAGACCACACUCCUCACCUCUAACAGAUCUCUGAAGAUGGCGAUCUCACGAUGGAAGUCGAGCCAGUAAACAGCAGCUUUUAGCCAGAAUCCAACUCAUCAGGUAUCUCAUCAUUUCACAGGGACUGUUCUUCGUCUAAUCACCAAGUAUCAGUCAAAGGAUGAAUAACGGUUUAGAGAUGGAUUCAGAAACAUAAAGUAUCAGGUCUGAGAUAAGAAAACAGAACAGGUAAACAGUGAGUCAGCUUAGCCAAAUAGUUGCAAACAACCCUGCUUACUGUUUGAAAACACUGAAGUGUCUCUGUAUAACUCUAGAAUGUACAACUAAUUUCUGCCUCUCAGAAAUAAACGGUUGAAUUCUAAUUAAACGCACCAAUCUUUAAUACA